GAAGACAAAUUCUGUGCUGUAGCCGGUAUAAAUGGCAGCGAGUGAUCCUUCGCCAUUCUGUUGAGCAUUGGAUUACGUGAGACGCACGGUCUGUCAGUGAACAGGUGCGAGUUACAACGGAAGCACAGACUGUCCUACAGACGGCGCGCAUGCCAGACGACGAACUGACCGCAUUGUUUCGUGUAUUAGUUUAACCCUUGUUUUCUAAGGUAGGAAUAGUUUCGUGAAAAAUAUGUCCCUCCAGGAACUUAGCGAGAAAUUUGGAGGAACAUGGAAAAUGGAAUCGGAGGAAAAUAUCGCUAAAUAUCUUGAAGCGAUGGGAGUUGGUUUUCUAAUGAAGAAAAUGGCCUCCGCAAUGAAACCCACGAUGGUUAUAGAAGUUCAAGGAGAGGAGGUAGUCGUGACGAGGAAAACUCCUAUCAAGGACCUUCAUUCCCGACACAAGCUCGGAGAGGAAACAGACAUAGUCGAACACGAUCGGAAGUACAAGUCCACCAUGACGUUCAGUGACGGCAAGAUACGGAUAAACAACGAGCCGGCGGACGAGAAGGGAAAAGCGAACACACUCACACGGGAAGUAGAGGGAGACACGCUAACUCAGACAUACACAGUGGAGGAUAUUGUCGCCACAGUGUCUUUCCGGAAAAUUUGAUUCCAACCAUCACCAAGUGCCCUUCUUCAAUCUACAUCACGCGAAUCGCUUCCACGUGGCGAAACAGAUAAUGGUGCCUUAAAGCACGAGAAUUUUGAAUGCCACUAUUUUGUUGCAGAUGUAUUUAUGUUGUAACUUUUAUUUACAUGCGCCCAUAUCUGACUUUAUAUAAGAUUCCAACGGCAGAGGGCGGUCAUGUCGAGAUCAGUAGAAUUUCGAAUGUAUUUCUGAUGCUUCGAUUCGUACGCCAUAUUCUGCUUAUACUGACAGUAUUGUCGUCGUGUUGAAAGUUGAGACUUAUUUUACUGUAUUUUAUUUUAUUUAUAAUGCUCAUUUUGUAUUGAUUAUUUUUACUUUUGUUGAAGAAAUAACGUUCGUCUACUUAA